AUGGCAGCGCUGAUGCCACCACUCCACAUCAAACUGGGUCUUAUAAAGCAAUUCGUCAAAGCUCUCGACAAAAAUUCUUCAGCGUUCAAGUACCUACAAGACUUGUUCCCUAAGCUCUCUGAGGCGAAAGUUACAGCCGGUAUCUUCGUUGGACCACAAAUAAAGAAAAUCUUCGAGUCUGAGGAAUUCCCCAAGAAGCUCACUCGUGUUGAGAAAGCUGCUUGGAUGAGUUUUAUGUCAGUGGUACAGGGAUUCCUAGGCAAUCACAAAGCCGCAAACUACGUGGAGCUGGUCGAAAGUCUGGUGGAGAACUACGGCAAAAUGGGCUGCAGGAUGUCUCUCAAACUCCAUAUUCUGGAUGCACAUCUUGACAAAUUCAAGGAGAACAUGGGAGCAUAUUCAGAGGAGCAAGGCGAGCGCUUCCAUCAGGAUAUAAUGGAAUUUGAGCGGCGAUACCAAGGACAAUACAAUGAGAACAUGAUGGGAGAUUACAUUUGGGGAUUGAAGUUUCCGAGGAAUAUUAGGUGGUUUCCAUACUUUUAAGGCAUAACAGACUAGGAAAUAACAAUUACAUCCCAAGGACUGAGAAAU